AAUUCAGAGUCUCCUCCUGCACCAGAAGAGAGAGAAAGAGACUGACAUGGGGAGGGAGGUAGAUAAGCAGAGAGAAGAUAUAGUUACAUGUUAACCAUUGUUUCAAACAAAUAACAGUUGCGUGCUUUUGCUUUUUACCUCUAGAGGUUACGUAUCCACCGUUAUCACUCCUCUGCCAUCCGCCAAAACCUCCUUCCCCUUCAAUUUCUUUCCCAUCUUUUUCGAUCGGAUUCUCUCCUUUCGCUGCUCAUUACCGGCUUUACUUCCUUGUUAGAGCUGUUUCUCUCGCUCUUUUGUGUAUAUGUUAUAAUAACAACAAUACGCAGAAUUCGUUGCAUCGUCACUGGUGACAUUUUGGCGUAACAUUUUUGUUUGGUGGUUUGUGUCAUUAAUUUAAAUCAAUUUUCUACUCUUCCAUUCAGCCUAGAGGAGUUUCUGCUUGUUGGAUACUAAUUGGUUUUGCAGAAAAUGGGACUUCACGUGAGCAAUUGGUGUUUAUGGGACUCGGUCAUUGCUUGGUAACUAGCUCUGCACACCAAUGUGAUAUUCUGCUGCAAUUAUGUUAUUGCAUUUGAGCUUUGGUUUCCCUUUUUCCUGGCUCAGAAACAUAGCUUUUAAGGUGCCUUUCAAAAUGCCUUCUAGCUAAUUCCCUGAUCUUCCCUUAACUUUGCAAAUCGGUCAUUGUAGUUGCUACUUCAUUUCCUUAUCAAUCAUACUUGUUGUUGUCCAGCAUCUUCGUUGUUUCUCGUGUAUGUUUUUCUCUGUGUUGUACAUUAUCCUUUUUUUCCAAAUGGUGAUGGUGUUUCUUACAAAUUAUUGUUGAUUCCUUUCCAUUAGCUUUGCGAUGGUUGAGAGGAAUGCCUCCACAGUGGGGCUAAUUACCAAAAGAUCUUUGAUUUGCUUGUUUACAUUUUCAUCACUCUUUCUCAUAUUUUCCUGGUUCUCCGUAUUGGGUUCGACUGGUCGUAACCAUUUUGUUACUUCUAACUCGUUACCUGAUUCUAAGUAUGUUGCUGAAAUUGACGAUGAUAAUUCCAAAGUUUCUAAUCUAAAUAAGGCUGAAUCCUCACCUGGAAAUCGAGUAAUACUUGGGAAUAAUGGAGUAGACGAGGAAGAAGCAACAGCAAAAACUAAAGAUGAAUGUAGAUGUGAAAUGAGUGAUAAAACAUCCCUCAGGGUUUACAUGUAUGAUAUGAACCCAGAGUUCCAUUUUGGACUACUAGAUUGGAAACCACAAGGAAAUCAUGUUUGGCCUGACAUCCGAACUACUAUACCACCAUAUCCUGGGGGAUUGAACUUGCAGCAUAGUAUUGAAUACUGGUUGACGUUAGACCUCCUUGCUUCAGAAAUUCCAAUUAUCCCAAAUGCUCGUGCUGCAAUAAGAGUACGAAACUCAAGUGAAGCUGAUAUUGUAUUUGUACCAUUCUUUUCCUCAUUGAGCUACAACCGCUUUUCAAAAGUAAACCCACAUCAGAAAAAGAGCAGGAACAAUGUGUUGCAAGAGAAGUUAGUAAGGUUUCUGACAUCCCAAACAGAAUGGAAGAGGUCAGGUGGGCGGGACCAUGUGAUUCUUGCUCACCAUCCUAACAGCAUGCUAAGUGCUAGAAUGAAACUGUGGCCUGCGAUGUUUAUACUCUCAGAUUUUGGAAGAUAUCCUCCAAAUAUAGCUAACAUUGAGAAAGAUGUGAUUGCACCUUAUAAACAUAUGAUCAGAUCAUAUGUCAAUGAUUCAUCUGAUUUUGAUAGCCGCCCAACUUUGCUAUACUUUCAGGGAGCCAUAUACAGGAAAGAUGGUGGCUUUGUUAGGCAGGAGUUAUUUUAUCUUCUUCGGGAUGAGAAAGAUGUUCAUUUCUCAUUCGGAAGUGUUCAGAAAGAUGGAGUUAGCAAAGCUAGUCGCGGAAUGCACUCUUCUAAAUUCUGUCUCAAUAUAGCAGGGGACACUCCCUCCUCCAAUCGCCUCUUUGAUGCUAUUGCUAGCCAUUGUGUUCCUGUCAUCAUCAGUGAUGAGAUUGAGCUCCCUUAUGAGGAUGUCCUCGACUACUCUCAGUUCUGCAUAUUUGUUCGCACAUCAGAUGCUCUCAAAGAAAAGUUCCUUAUAAACCUUGUUAGGAGCAUCAAAAAAGAAAAAUGGACUCAAAUGUGGCAAAGGUUGAAGGAAGUUGAAAAGUUCUAUGAGUUCCAUUACCCCUCGAAAGAGGAUGAUGCUAUCCAAAUGAUAUGGCAGGCUGUGGCCCAUAAGGUUCCUGCACUUAAGAGGAAGAUACACAGAACUUGGCGUUUCUCUCAUUCUGUUCGCGGUCGUGAGAGAGGGUUAUUAUCAGUACCAUCACCUAGAAACUUUUGGUGAGUUGUUUUGGCUGACCCUGCUGAUUUAUAGCAUUUAACCAAGAAACUCCAUGAGGUUUCUCCUCAGACAGAUGACAGUUGCAAAUAUAUCUCAUUUCAGAUUUUGAAUAGAAGUUAAAAAGUUCUUGUAACAAUUAGAAGAAAAAGAAAGAAAGAUAGCUCAGAUCUGGCCUAUGGCCUCAUA